UGGAUCCAGAGAGGGUAUAUGAGUAGCUGUUUGCGUUUUGGGUCUGUGUUGUAGGGCACGAAGCGACCUGAAAGCCCAGAGAGAGAAGCAUUGAUUCAGCCUCCAACUGUUGUCUUUGCCGUAUGAAGUCAGCGUUUAUUCUCAGUUGAAUGCGACUCUAUCGUCAUGGCAGACAUUCGCAAGAAACUGGUCGUGGUAGGAGACGGGGCGUGUGGGAAAACUUGCCUUUUGAUAGUCUUCAGCAAAGAUGAGUUCCCAGAAGUCUACGUGCCAACUGUAUUUGAGAAUUAUGUCGCGGACAUCGAGGUGGACAACAAACAAGUGCAGCUGGCGCUUUGGGACACUGCUGGACAAGAAGACUACGACAGGCUACGGCCCCUGUCCUAUCCCGACACGGACGUCAUCCUGAUGUGCUUUUCGGUGGACAGUCCUGAUUCUUUGGAAAAUAUCCCGGAAAAAUGGGUGCCGGAGGUGAAACACUUCUGCCCGAACGUGCCUAUAAUUCUCGUGGCCAACAAAAAGGACUUGAGGAACGACGAAAACGUCAAAAACGAGCUCGCUAUGAUGAAACAGGAGCCAGUGAAAACGGAGGACGGCAGGGCCAUGGCUGUUCGCAUCGGGGCAUACGAUUAUUUGGAGUGUUCGGCCAAGACCAAAGACGGGGUCCGCGAGGUGUUUGAAACGGCUACACGUGCCGCUCUUCAAAGACCGAGUCCGCCCGGUAGUUGCACAAAUUGUUGCCUGCUGUUGUGAGAGGACUUAAAGCCAAAUAAGCAUUUCUACAGUGAAAGCUCGUUGCCUGAACGAUUCGGACAAUUGCCACGUCCUAUCCCGGCUGGCCCAGCCCAAAGAGAAAGCCUGUGCAACACAAGGCUCCCUUGUGUCCUGUGUCCGACUAAUGGUGUCAAGGGUAAAUAGUUAAUAUGACUGGGCUUACUUCGAGUGAAAACUGGGACUCCUUUUUUCCGUUAAACCUUUCUUUUAUGUGCCAAGAAAGUGGGAUGCAUGAUGUAUGGAUGGACCAGUGUUAGCCUAAAAUCACCCGAAAAGGGAACGAGUCAAUUGCCUGAAAGUGCUCUCUACUGAACCAGUUGUUGGUUUUCGUAGCGCUGGAGUCGUGGACUAAUAAAUAGGCUAAAGUAAGAGUCUGAGGCCUAUGGGUGGGGUGGGGUGCACAUGUGUUGAACAACCCUUUUUGUUUACAGCCACUAAAAGGAAAAAAAAGUAUUGUCUGCGACAAUUAUGCUGCCAAUAUAGGCAUAGCCUACUUAAAGUAAUAUGAAGCUUAGUGUUAAUGGGGUUAUGCAUUAAGUAAAACAUUCACUACUUUUAUUUCACUGAACUGUUGUUUUUUUAAGCUGCUUUAAUGGAAGGUCUUGUUCAUGAUCACUUCAGCCUUGGCCAAGUACAAUAGCAAAACGCCUGCUGGACAACUGACUGCACCCCUGUAGGCUAUGCUGUGCCACAACUAAGAACACUUUUAUAGUGCAAUAUUUUUUUGUAUCCUCUGUGGAUGUAUCACUAUGGACUUUUUUUGAAGGAAUUCUGAAAUGUCCUUAAUUCAAAAUUGCCUGAAUAAAGACCACUUGUACUACCA